AUGUGGGGUCAAAACUUUGCUUCCAAGUUUAAAUUAGAUACUAGCAGGUUGAAGGAUAAGCUUGCUGCUUUACGCAAGAGAAAUGAUUCCUUGGUUGCGCUUAACAUUGAUGAUACUAAACAUGAAUUGAACUUGUUGCUUGAUCACGAAGAGAUGUUUUGGAAGCAGCGUUUUAAAAAUUUUUGGUUGCAAUAUGGUUAUCAAAACACAAGCUUCUUUCAUAUACAAGCUUCAGAGCAUAAAAAGUCUGACUGUAUUCAUGUGUUACAUGAUCAGUUGGGCAACUUGAUUGAGGAUCAUUCAGAUUAUUGCAAAGGUUCUUGCCAACAGGUUGAAGUUGAUCCUUCCUCGGAUUAUUUCUCUUUUCAAUCGGCUUUUGUUCUGAGUAGGUUGAAUACGGACAAUGUCUUAUCAGCUUUUGAAUUAAUUCAUUAUAUGAAGCACAAAACCAAAGGAAAGACAGCACACCGUUUUACUGCAGUAGCCAUUAUUGUCUUCAUCCCCUCUCAAGCUGGAGAUGGGUGAAUGAAGGAAUUCGCACAAUCCCAGCUUGAAAACAAAAGCACCAAAGAGUGGACUACUGAGGCAUUUUGUGAAGAGAUCAGCAAAUUGUUCGGAAGGAGCAUUUGAUCUUGUACGACAUGGCAAUCGAUGUUGAGAUGCUUCGUCCGUUCAUAGAAAAUGGGAUGCAGAAUUGGGGGCCAGUUUUGAUUUAAAACCUGUUUGUUUCGGUUUAUGGUUAGAUUUUAAUCAACACCGGACCGGACCAAUCCUGAUCCAUUCCCAUUCCCAUUCCCAUUCUAAUUCCUAUUCCAAGCUAAUUAUAUUUCUGGUCUUCAUUCAAAAAUUAUUUAUAUUGAAAUAUUUAAUUUAAAAGUUAAUUUGAUCAACAUUUCUAAUUUAAUUAAAUGGUUUUUAAUAAUAAUAAUAAUAAUAAUAAUAAUAAUUUCUUUCAAUUAUGUUUUAAUUUUUGUCCUUGCCCUUGUGAAUAUGAACAACCAAAAAUUUUUUCUUCCUAUGACAUAUGUUCUAUUUAUAUUAAUUUUUGUGGCUAUAAUGUUAUAAAAAUU